AUGGCUGAUCUUGAUAAUAUUCAAUUUGAGAAUGAACAAACAAUUCAUGAAGACUCUACAAUACAAAGUAAUCUUAAGAGAAAACAACCUAAUCAAAAAAAUAAAUCUAAUAAAAGAAAAACUCAAAAACAUGAAAUUUGGAAUCAUGUUAUAGAAAACUUAGAUAAAAAAUUAGUUUCAUAUAUAAUUUGUAGUCAAUCAUAUAAUUCACAAUCAAGUUCAUUAGUUGUAAAUUUAAAAAAUCAUUUUGAAAGACUUCAUAAAGAAACUUAUAUUGAAAUUUUGAAUAAAGAAUUAGCUCGAAAAAAUAAUCAAAAUUUAACUAAAAAUCAAACUAACAAUCAACAAGAAACAGAAAUUAAUGAACCAAGAGAAAAUAAUCAACAAGAAACAGAAAUUGAAACAUUAUUUCGAGAAGAAAUUAACAAAAAAAGAAGAAAAUAUAAAAGAAUCAUCUUAGAAAAUAUUAUCAUCGAAGAUGAUUUGUUUAAUUUGUUUAUUACAGGAUUAGAAGCAGAAAAUAUUAUUAUUCAGAAAUAA